UGUGCUCAUUUUGUGGCUUGGGAGCUUUUCCAGAGAAUUUUUAAGAAAGCGUGCCUAUGGCUUCAUUAAUUUAAUUUGAUACAAUGCAGUCUUCACAUAGAAGUAAAUUUUCUUAGCUUCUUUAGCAACCUAACACCAGUGGAGAUGUGCAUUGGGAGUAAAUACCCAAGUACUUAGGCAUUGGGAAUUGAUGAAUUUGUCUGACUGUAAGAUAACUGAGCAGGUAUAUUUGAUUUAGGUGGGAAAAAAAGCCACAAAUACAGAAAGAAACAGCGAGCUGAGCUUAGAAUAUGUUGUAAGAGAGAGCCUUCAGUGUUGUUUUUCUUUUUUUCCUAUUUCAAAUUUAACCCAAUGUUAAAUUGAUUUGAUACAUUCAUAUGGCUUGAUAAGUGACUACAAAUAACCAGGCGUGCUUCUGACUGCAGUCAGUGGGUCAGCCUUUGCACCUGUGAAUCUGCUCAGUCUCUUCUGUCACGUACAGUAGCUGUCUCAGUUGCACAGUGUCACUAUUUUAGUUACCUCUGUCUAACAUGUGAAGUCCUUCCAGACGCACAGUGGUGGUUGUGCAGCAUUUACAAAUCAGCUUUUUGGAAUAAAAAGGCUAUUUUAUAAGCACUUAUAACUAGGUUUUGGCGAACAAAAGUACUUCUCAAAGAUUUUUUUUUUACCAAGGGGAACAUAGAAAUGAAGAAAGCUAUCAGUCACAUUCUGGAUCAUGGCUGUUCUGUACUGGAUUCCCCCAAGGCAAAUCAAUCAUUUCCAAAGGCAGCUAAGUCCUUGAUUAAAGAUCAAGAGGAAGACAAAGUAUCCAAAAAGGGCAACAAGAAAGCAAAACAGACACCUGAAAAGCUCCCACACUUCAGAGCCGAGGACAGAAGCAGACGGAAAGGAAGCUCAGUAACUCCUAAGAAGAGCAAGGAUGUCAGCCCUUCAACUUCAUUGAUGUCGCCAUCCAAUAACUCUGCUGUCAUCACAAAAACUAUUACCAGAGCUUUUCCUUUAAAGCAGAAAAUGCACUUAGUCAAUGGUAAGGCCCAUCAUCUGCAAAAUAUCAACAAACAGUCAAAAAGCAUAAAAGAUCUGGAGAUCCAAGUGCUGCAGAUGGAGUGCGAAGAACUCAGAAAUCGGCUAGGAUGCUUAAGGGAAGGCCUGAUGGGGCAGAAGCUGAGCAACACAGAAGAGCUACUAAAACAAUCUCAGAAAGAGCUGUUGUGGCUUCAGAGACAAUUAUCACUUAUCUCCACAGGAAGCCCCACGUGUGUUUUGGCAGCUAGCAAGUUUGGAAAUGAUCCAUCAUGCCUGUGGUCUGCAACUUCAGCAUGCACAUCUGAUCAGGUUGAGUUUAUAGAAGAGACCCAGAUUUCUAAGUCUCAUGUCACCACAUUAAAUCAAGAGUAUCAUCACUGGCUGUUUUCAAAAAAUGAACUGAAGGAUGCUGUGCAAGAAAAGAAUCGCCUGAGCCUUCAGUAUGCAAAUGUGUCACACAAAGCCCUGCAAUAUGACCAGGUGAAGUCAGACUAUGACCAUCUUAGAGAAACCCUUAUCAGAGUAACCAAAGAACGAGAUUUGGCUGUAAAGGGAAAACACCAGCUCCAAGCCAAGCUGGAGAACUUAGAGCAGGUCCUAAAGCAUAUGCGAGAGGCUGCUGAACGGCGGCAACAGCUGGAGUUGGAGCAUGAGCAAGCCUUGGCUGUCCUCAACGCCAAACAGCAGGAAAUUGAACUCCUGCAGAAGGCUCAGGUUGAAGCUAAGAAGGAACAUGAAGGAGCAGUUCAGUUGCUAGAGAACACCCUGGACAGCAUGCAGGCCAAGGUGCGAGAGCUAGAGGAAAAAUGCCGGACACAAAGUGAACAAUUCAACCUCUUGUCCAGGGAGCUAGAGAAGUUCCGGCAGCAAGCAGGGAAGAUUGACCUCCUCAGCAGCAACUCAUUGACAUCCUCAGAUAUCUCUGGUUCUCCCAGUAAAUCUUUAUCUCAGUUAAUGAAUGGAAUAGCCACUUCUUUAGGCAAAGGUCAUGAAAGUCCUUCUGGAAGUCGUUGUGUAAUUUCGGAGUUUAUUCGUCCCCUUCAAAUAUCUGGAGACAAACCAGAACAGUUGUCAGUCAAACCUACAUUCCUGUCAAAGUCAAGAUCUGGUACCCCAAGAUGCAGAUUUGAUUCAGACAUGGAUAAUGAUCAGAAUUCCAAUACCUCGAAGCAGAGAUAUUCUGGGAAAGUCCAUCUUUGUAUUGCACGUUAUAGCUACAACCCUUUUGAUGGACCAAAUGAAAAUCCAGAAGCAGAGCUCCCUCUUACAGCAGGAAAGUACCUUUAUGUGUAUGGAGAUAUGGAUGAAGAUGGCUUUUAUGAAGGGGAGCUUCUAGAUGGACAGAGAGGACUGGUCCCUUCGAAUUUUGUGGAUUUUGUUCAAGACAAUGAGACCCGUUUAUCGAGCACAUUAAGCAGUGAACAAGAUCAGAAUUUCAUCAACCAUUCGGGUUCUACUUUGGAAGGAGAUAUCCUGGAGAUAAGUCCACCAAGUCACAUAGACUCUAGCGUAAUCAGCAACGGUGCAGGGACUCUGGAUGUGAACAUUGAUGAAAUUGGAGAAGACAUUGUGCCUUAUCCUAGAAAAAUCACCCUUAUUAAACAACUAGCCAAAAGUGUCAUUGUGGGCUGGGAGCCGCCAGUAGUGCCACCCGGAUGGGGAACCAUUAACAGCUAUAAUGUUCUGGUUGACAAAGAAGUACGGAUGAACAUAGCCUUGGGAAGCAGAACGAAAGCUCUUAUAGAAAAGCUUAACAUUUCUACUUGUACUUACCGAAUCUCAAUUCAGAGCAUUACAAAUAAGGGUAACUCAGAUGAACUGCAGUGCACUUUGUUAGUUGGGAAGGACGUCGUUGUAGCCCCCUCUAAUCUCAAAGUGGACAACAUAACCCAGAUUUCUGCUGAGCUGUCCUGGCUCCCUACAAAUAGUAAUUACAGUCAUGUCAUUUUUCUUAAUGAAGAAGAGUUUGACAUUGUCAAAGCUGCUAGCUACAAGUACCAUUUUUUUAAUUUGAAACCCAAUAUGGCCUACAAGGUGAAAGUCAUGGCAAAGCCCCACCAGAUGCCCUGGCAGCUUCCCCUAGAACAACGAGAAAAAAAAGAAGCCUUUGUGGAAUUUUCUACGUUGCCAGCAGGUCCUCCAGCUCCACCUCAAGAUGUUACUGUCCGGGCCGGGUCCACCCAAGCAACCAUACAGGUGUCCUGGAAGCCACCAGCCCUGACAGCAACAGGGACCUCCCACGGUGCCAAUGUCACAGGCUAUGGUGUUUAUGCAAAAGGUCAACGGGUGGCAGAGGUGAUCUUUCCAACAGCAGAGAACACGUUGGUGGAGCUAAUGAGACUAAGAAGUCUUGAAGCAAAGGAAGUUACUGUUCGAACACUCUCUGCACAAGGGGAAUCAGUGGACUCUUCUGUUGCUGCCAUUCCAUCUGACCUACUGGUGCCUCCAUCCCCUCUCCCCAGAACUGCUCCCAAAUCUAAGCCAUUAGCAAGUGCCGGAGCCCCAGAAACCAAAGAAGAACAUUUAGGUCCACAUGUAAAAAUAGAUGAGUCAUGGGAGCAGACUCGUUCAGCAUCCCCUGUUCAUGGGCACACACUUGAACCACCUGUCCCUAACUUUCACAGCUCGCUUCAGGGGAGAAGAUCUCCAUCGCCAAACCGAAUACUCCCUCAACCUCAAGGCACACCUGUCCCAAACACUGUUGCAAAAGCCAUGGCAAGAGAAGCUGCGCAGCGAGUUGCAGAGAGCAAUAGGAUGGAAAGGAGGAGUGUUUUUAGUGAAAGGAGCAAUGCAGCACAGUACGCUAACUCAGAUGAUGAGGAAGAUGGAUAUGAUUCUCCUAAUGUCAAAAGGAGGGGGGCUUCAGUUGAUGAUUUCUUGAAAGGAUCAGAACUUGGAAAGCAACCUCACUAUUGCCACGGUGAAGACUACCAUACAGAGAGCAGCAGAGGUUCUGAUUUGUCUGAUAUUAUGGAGGAAGAUGAGGAAGAGCUGUACUCUGAAAUGCAGCUGGAGGAUGGAGGAAGACGGCGAGUCAGUUUGACUUCACACAAUGCACUUAAGGAGUGCAAUAAGAAUAAGACCACUGACGCCACUUUUUUGGAACAGCCUGACUUUUCACAGCAGAUACAUCACAGUAAAAAGCUGUUCAGUAUUCCAGAAGUAGCUGAAGAGGAUGGUGAAUACACUGAACUGCUGUACAAGCAGGGUUUAGGUAUGCCCUAUAAAAAGAAAUCCACAAUAGCUAGAGACUCUAGACCACCUAGGCCCUACAAUCAAGAUCAGCAGCACAACUUCUGGUACCCAGCCAAGCACAGAAUUUCAGACAUGGAGGAUUUUGCUGCAGAUGACAAAGGAUGCAGAUACAGCCGGUCCUUAUCAAGAAGCCCAGACAGUGGACUGGACUGUGGAAGUGAAGAAGAGGAAUCUCGUUUUACGUUCAGAUACACUUGCGAUUCAGUUUCUGCCAGUGUUGCAUCUAGCUGUUGUGCAGACACUGCUGAUUGUUCCUGCAGGAAAAGCAUGAGGCCAUUGCUUGCUCGCAGGAAAACUUUAACAAGGCAAACCAGCAUUGAAGAAGAUUUUGGUGACUUGGGAUCUUCCUUUGUAGAGCCCAGGAGUGAACAGGUCAAGUCCAGUUACGAGAAAAAGUAUGAGACUCAGAAAUGUAAUAGACCAGAUAAUUUGUCCAAUGAAGAUGUUCAGGGAGGCUGGAAGAACGACUUAAAAAUGGCUGACUCUAGGGCAGCUGGUCCUCUUGCAAAGUCAUCCCACAGAGAUGCAGAAGACUCUUUGCUUUUAGGUAAUCCAUCAUCUGCAGGACGGCCUGAAAGGGUGGAGCAUGCAGGGCGAAGGUCCUCUCAUGGCAGUGCAGUGCCACAAAGGUCUCGACCAAUGUUGGUCCCUUCCAUUGAAAUUACAAUGGACAGUAACAGUGAAGGCGGGCGGUCUCGGUCAGGUAGUGAGGGAAAUAUUUCACCUGUAAAAGAAGAAGCUUAUUAUCGCAGCAUUGGUGGACACAAGAAAUGGCCUCAGCAGCGUACCUCUGAAUAUAGAUACGAUGGCUAUGGUGGCCAUGACCAUCUUUCUCCAGAUAUGUAUGAAGAAUCAGAAACAGAUCCUGGGACAGAAGAUCUUUCUACUCGAAUAUUUGUUGCACUCUUUGACUACGACCCGCUGACAAUGUCCCCAAAUCCUGAUGCUGCAGAAGAAGAGCUGCCAUUUAAAGAAGGGCAGAUCAUUAAGGUUUAUGGGGACAAAGAUGCUGAUGGAUUCUAUCGUGGAGAAACGUGCACAAGGAUCGGCCUUAUCCCAUGUAACAUGGUCUCUGAGAUCCAAGCAGAUGAUGAGGAGAUGAUGGAUCAGCUUCUAAAACAAGGUUUUCUUCCUUUGAACACACCGGUAGAGAAAAUAGAAAGAAACAGGCGCAGUGGCAGGCAGCACUCGGUGACUACGAGGAGGAUGGUCGCGCUGUACGAUUACGAUCCAAGAGAAAGUUCUCCUAACGUUGAUGUAGAGGCUGAACUUACGUUCUGCACAGGGGACAUUAUCACUGUCUUUGGUGAAAUUGAUGAAGAUGGAUUUUACUAUGGUGAGCUGAACGGGCAGAAGGGGCUGGUUCCUUCCAACUUUCUUGAAGAAGUGCCUGACGAUGUUGAAGUCUAUCUGUCUGAUGCACCCUCACGCUACCUUCAUGACACACCGAUGCGUGCAAAAGCAAAAAGGGUUCCUCCUGAGAAUACAGGUACAUCAAGGAGAGCACCAUCCCCCACAGUUCAUCUUCAUUCUGGGUCACCUACGUCACCUAUGGGUUCUGGUAGUCCCGGGAGAGGCAGGGAUAUGUCCUCGAAAAAGAAAAAGGGGCUGCUUUCCAAAGGCAAGAAACUGCUGAAAAAGCUUGGUGCAGUGAAAUGAUUCAUGUGCUCCUGGACAACUUGUAAAGCUUCCAGUCUGUGUAUUUAUUUUUUUUAAAUAUCAAAACUAGGGCUUUCAUGACUAUGCAGUACAACUUCACCAAACCUUUGCAUUCUUAACUCUGACAUCAAUAGAAUCAUCUGGAUUGCUUAAAACAGCAAGGAAAAAUAGAGGUUUUUCUUUAAAUUACAAAAAAAAAAAAAAAACCCACAAAAACACAACAGCUUUGUGGAAUUAAGACCAGAAGAACAUGGUUUUGUUUGAAGUCUAUUCAGCACCUGCAAGUAUUGGAUAAAUCUCAGCCUUUAGUCUCCUUUAACCAUAAGGGGAAAAAAACAAACACCAUUAAUUCACUGACUCCCAGUUCAGAGAUCAUCCCCACUGUGUCUACUCUUACUCAUUAAAGAAAUGGUCUUGAAACUCCUAGUUUAAUCAGCCUUGAUGUUUUGCCUUAUUAAUGCACAAUGAUUUGUACUGUCUAAUAAAUAUACAACAUAUACUUUGUACGUACUGUGUAUUCAACUGUCUCCAUCCUCCCUAAAUCAUGGUAACUUAAGAUCAAAUAUGAUGUUGCUGACUCCAUUCAGUGUCUGAUGGAACUCCUGGGAGUUUGGAAGUGUUGCGCAAAAUACUUUUUUUUUUUUUUUUUUCAUAUUUCUUUUUCCUUCUUCCAAACCAAAACUCUUUCCGUGGAUUUAUUUUGUCAAGAUAGUCACUAAACUGAAAUCCAAUGCAUUCUAAGUUAUUCAGAGCCUCACCCUCAGUUUCAAGCACACAAAUUCUACCAACUCCAGUUCUGGAGGUUCUGGCUCACUGUUCUAAAUCACCACCAAAAAUAAUAAUAAUGCUUUUGCUCCCCAACUUUGCUGGUGGAGGUACAAUCCUAAAUCAAAAGGCAUUUUUCACGUUGCUGAUGUCAGAUUCAAGGUAAAAUAUUGUCUCACAUCAAAGAUGUGCUACAUACACAAGCCGUAGCCUGUAAAAAGGCUGCAACAGGUGAUAAAAAUAACAACUGCAAUAUUGGCAUCUCAGUAAAAAGAAUCUUACACUGAUGGCAGUCAUUGGCUGUUACUAUUUUGUAAUUCUUGUCCAUUUGUAAAUUGUUUUUACUGUUUAUACAUACUUUUCAGACUGCCUUUCUUUUUGUAACUUAUGGAAGGUUUGUAAAUGAAUGAUCAAAGCUUCCCCAUUGUGUCUUCAGAUAAUAUUGUAAAUUACUGUAAGAUACUGUGUGCUAGAUUGUAACAUUAAAGAAAAUAAAUGGCCUAAAUUUGUGGUAAAGUACUGUGUGGGUGUGUGCAUGUGUACAACUGUUGUGUAAUAUAUUUUAUAUAAAUAAACAAUUUGAUAUUUUGUAGAGU